AUGAUUUAAUAUCCUUUCUUCAGUUUGCCACCAAAAUCUCACCAAACAAUACCGAGUGCACCAAGAAAAUUAUUGAAAGAUUAAUACGAGUUACUCUAGAGAGACUUGGGACAAGGCACAUAUGGAAAAGUAAAAUUGGCCAUAAACAGAAAUAACAAUAAGAAAUGUGCCAUCAAAAUAAUCUCCAAAAAUUACAUAAAUUAAUACAAUGCCAAAUAACACAUCGACAAUGAAAUCAAUUACCUUUAAUGUUGUAAACACAAGAACAUUGUCGAAUUCAUAGAGAAGUUUGAGGACAAGGAAAAUGUCUACAUAGUUUUGGAAUACUGUUAGAAUGGAACUUUGUAUGAAUUGAUUAAAAAGAAGAAGGUCUUCAGUGAAGAUGAGGCCUUCUCCUACUUUUAUUAGAUAGCCUAGGCAAUACAGUAUCUGCAUGAAAAAGACAUAGUUCAUAGAGACAUCAAGUCGGACAAUGUUUUGUUAUAGAAUAACACGGUCAAAUUAUGUGAUUUUAAUUGGUCAAUAUAUUUGCCCAACGGAGGCAAGGCUCAACCUUGCAUUUGUGGAACUACUGAGUACAUGCCUCCGGAGGUUGUCAAAAAACUGAAACACGACAAAGGAGUCGAUGUGUGGGCCCUUGGGAUUUUAUUACAUUAUAUGCUUCAUGGGGAAUUGCUUUUUAAGGCGAAGAGUAAGGAAGAAUUGCAUGAGAAGAUAUGCAACAAGUAAUUGAUAAAAUUCAAUGAGAACCUGUCUAGUGAGUGUAAAUAAUUGUUACAGUAAAUGCUUGCUCACACUAAACGAUUUAAUAUUUAGUAAGUCUUGAAUUCGGAAUGGGUAAUUAAAAUGCUCACUACUAAAAACAUUUCGCAUCCCUUGGAAUUGACUCCCAUAAAAAAUAGAUCCAGUGCUUAUGAGUUGACUAAGUUUAGUGUCAUUUCAGACUCCACUUGCUUCUCUAGUUCAAAAUUCACUACCAAAUCUUAUGAUAUCGAAUCUCCGUUUAAAUAAUCCAAUAAUUAUGUGAACUAAACGCCUCAGCCUUCGUAACCUCUGAAAGUUAAGAGCACUGCCCUCAAUCAAAAUAUUACUGCUUUCAGAGUUGAAAAAAGACAAUUUGACUGA